AUUUUGACGAGCUUAUUAUAGUAGUACCGAAUCAUGUGCCGAAUCUGCCGCUCACUUCUGUCCUGCCGUGUUCACAAAACUGGGUCACAUCUGCCCCCCUCCCCAGAUGUUUUUGUGGUAGCAAAUAGCAGAACGUUCCAGACUAGUGCUCAGAAAACUUGUUGUACCGGGCGAUUUUGCCGGAGUGCUUUAGCCCCGUCGCUGCGAACCACACAACAUGACUUCGUUUUCCGAGAGUGCCUUGGAAAGAAAGCUUUCCGAGCUGAGCAACUCGCAGCAGAGCAUCCAGACCUUGUCUCUCUGGCUGAUCCACCAUAGAAAACAUCACAAACUCAUCGUGCAAACAUGGCAGAACGAGCUACACAAAGCCAAACCCGGCAGGAAGCUUACGUUUAUGUACCUGGCCAACGAUGUCAUACAGAACAGUAAGAAAAAGGGACCAGAGUUCACCAAAGAGUUCACCAACGUUCUGGUGCGCGCAUUCCAACAUGUAGCAAGUGCAACAGAUGACGAUACAGUAAAACGGCUGGAAAGAAUAGUGGACAUCUGGAAGGAAAGAGCAGUAUAUGAUGCAGAUUAUGUCGACCAACUCAAACGGGGACUUCACAAGCGCUCAGGAAACGAAGACAGGCGAUCGCCCGUGAAGAAGAAGAAGGUGGAGCCGGUCGUUCUACUCGAGGAGGAAGAGGAAGAAGAAGAGGGGUCUCCAAGGGAACCUCCUGAACCAGAGGAGCUGAUGAAGGCCCUGGAGGAGUUGGAACACUCGGCCUCGAGUGACGCUGCAGUGAGAGAGAAGAUCGCAAACCUCCCGCCUGAAGUACAGGAUGUCUCCAUGUUAGAGAAAAUACAAGACCGAGAUUCAGCAGAAAAGUUGUCUAAGAUGGUAGAUGAGGCGUGCAUGUUACUGGCGGAGUACAACGGGAGACUGGCCGCCGAGCUGGAGGACAGGAAACACGUGUCCCGGAUGCUGAAGGACUUUGUAGCCGUGCAGAAGGAGAAAUUAGCGCAGUCCGAGGAAAUGUUGUCGGAGUACAAGACCAAGCUGGCGAAGGUGACCAGCGUGAGGAAAGAGCUGAAGUCCCACCUGCAGAACCUGCCAGACCUGACGCUCCUACCUGACGUGACAGGAGGGCUCGCACCGCUGCCCUCCGCUGGGGACCUCUUCUCUUCUGAAUGAUCUACACACAUGUACAGCUGGCAUCGCCUUCCAG